AGACAGGUUCUCCCACAAUGUCGUACAGACGGGAGCUAGAGAAGUACCGGGACCUGGAUGAAGAUGAAAUCCUCGGAGCCCUAACAGAGGAGGAACUGAGGACCCUGGAAAAUGAGCUAGAUGAGCUGGACCCUGACAACGCACUGCUGCCCGCAGGCCUGAGGCAGAAGGAUCAGACGACCAAGGCGCCCACAGGCCCCUUUAAAAGGGAGGAACUCUUGGAUCACUUGGAAAAGCAAGCAAAGGAGUUUAAGGACCGAGAAGAUCUCGUCCCCUACACAGGGGAGAAACGAGGAAAGGUCUGGGUCCCCAAGCAGAAGCCAAUGGAUCCUGUGCUGGAAAGUGUGACGCUGGAGCCAGAGCUGGAGGAGGCCUUGGCGAACGCCUCCGACGCGGAGCUCUGCGACAUUGCCGCUAUUCUGGGCAUGCACACCCUCAUGAGCAACCAGCAGUACUACCAGGCCUUGGGCAGCAGCGCCAUCGUCAACAAGGAGGGACUCAACAGUGUGAUCAAACCGACACAAUACAAGCCUGUGCCCGACGAAGAACCAAAUGCAACCGACGUGGAAGAAACACUGGAGCGGAUAAAGAACAAUGACCCAGAGCUGGGAGAGGUUAACCUCAAUAACAUCCGGAAUAUCCCCAUACCCACCCUCAAGGCGUACGCAGAAGCCCUGAAAGACAACUCAUAUGUGAAGAAGUUCAGCAUUGUUGGGACGCGGAGCAAUGACCCCGUGGCAUUUGCCCUUGCUGACAUGCUCAAAGUGAACAAGGUGUUGAAGACACUGAACGUGGAGUCCAACUUCAUUUCUGGAGCUGGGAUCCUGAGACUGGUAGAAGCCCUGCCACACAACACUUCUCUAGUGGAGCUAAAAAUUGAUAACCAGAGCCAGCCCCUGGGCAACAAAGUAGAAAUGGAGAUUGUGAGCAUGCUGGAAAAAAACACAACGCUUCUCAAAUUCGGCUACCACUUCACCCAGCAGGGGCCGCGGCUGCGGGCGUCCAAUGCAAUGAUGAACAACAAUGACCUCGUGAGGAAGAGGCGGCUCGCAGACUUGACAGGGCCCAUCAUCCCCAAGUGCCGGAGUGGCGUCUAGCAUGUGGAGGGGAAGCCCACACCGUUGAACUGGACACGUUCUACUGAGAACCCGUGCUCUGCCAUGGAGACCAGAAGGCGAAAUGCCGGCACAAAAUCCUUUUGUGGUUUAGUUCUUUAUGCACUAAGAUGUUAGGUUAACUAGUGGUUGUAGUUGAAAUUUUAUAAAACAUGGUUAAUGUGAAGUUUUUCUUUAGUCACCGAAGUUCAGUCUAGUUACUUUGAAACUCUAAGAAGCCCUCAACUGGCCGGUUUCACUGAAGGUGGAGUUAAACACUAGCAGUGACCGAGCCCCAGGAGCCCGGUUCUGGUGGCCUCGCCGUGGUGGUUCCAGGUGUGCUUUAACAGGCCAGCAAGCAGCGCCUCUUCCACGUGGUUCGAGAAGGCUGACAAGAUACUUUAUUACAAAUUUGAUCCCAGCUACUUAGCAAACGAGAACAUAAUUUUUUA